AUGUGGAGGUCCUUGAUCCUGAGUCUGUCUCUGCUGAGCCUCAGUUCUGGUCUGGUCCAGAACCUCCAUCUGGACCAGGGUCCUGGACGCCUGCUGCAGCCCCCCCUGCUGUCCGGAGUGGAGCGGCCCCCGGACCUGUCCCUGGACCCCCCCGAGGACUCCAUCGACGACCGCUUCCUCCUGGACCGAGGCUCCUAUGACGAGGACCCAGGCCCCUCCCUGCAGCUCUCAGGACGGUCCAUGAGAGGUCCUCGCCGCUGCAUCCUCCAUCAGCAGUCCUGUCUGGGGGUUCCCAAACUGCCGUGCUGCGACCCGUGUGACCAGUGCUACUGCCGCUUCUUCAACGCCUUCUGCUACUGCCGCAGAGUGGGCCAGGCCUGCUCCUCCCCCUGA